GUUGAAUUUAUGCUGGUAUCACAAAUACCCUCGAGCUCCUCUCGCUGUUCUCUCUUGCAUUUCAAGCCAAGGUGCUUCUUUUCUUCUUCCUCCUCCUCCUCCUCUGUUUUGAAGGUUUCGCCAUGGCAUGGUCUCCAUGCAUGGAGGGAGAGUCCUCUCAACGAGAAUCGGAAGUGGGGACCCAAUGGUCCCGAACCGGAACCGGAACCCAAAUUCCGUGACUCCCCAUUUGGGCAAGCUUCUUCAUUGGCUGAGCUUGGUUCUGUUGUUCUUUCCACCAGCGACCCUCUCGCCAAGUCCCAUCUCUCUCACAUGGCUUACUCCAUUUGGCGCCGCCACAACCUCCCUCUUGGUCUUGCAGAACCACCCCCUCGACCCGCCCGACCGGAAAAGCCCGAAUUGGUUUCCCCUAAGGAAAUUCCUGCUCCCAAAAACUCGGGUUUGCCUCUGAAUGCUUAUAUGCUUCAUAAUCUGGCACAUGUGGAGCUCAAUGCAAUCGAUUUGGCAUGGGAUACUGUUGUUCGGUUUUCUCCCUAUAGUGAUAUUCUAGGGGAGGGGUUCUUUGCUGACUUUGCUCAUGUUGCUGAUGAUGAGAGUCGCCACUUCUCUUGGUGUUCACAGAGACUUGCUGAGCUGGGUUUUAACUUCUCAUUUCCAACUAGAUAUGGAGAUAUGGCAGCUCACAAUUUGCUAUGGAGGGAGUGUGAGAAAUCGUCAGACAAUGUUGCUGCACGUUUGGCAGUUAUCCCACUAGUCCAGGAGGCUAGAGGACUUGAUGCUGGGCCACGCCUGGUGCAAAAAUUAGUUGGCUUUGGAGAUAAUAGAACAUCUAAAAUUGUGGCUAGAAUUGCUGAUGAGGAAGUUGCACAUGUAGCAGUUGGUGUCUACUGGUUUGCUUCUGUCUGUCAAAAAAUGGAUUGUGCCCCAGACUCCACUUUUAAAGACUUGCUAAAGGAAUACAAUGUAGAACUAAAGGGUCCCUUCAAUUAUAAGGCUCGAGAGGAAGCUGGCAUUCCCCGUCAUUGGUAUGAUGCAUCAUCUACAAGCAAUCAGGACCAGAAAAACGAAGAUGGCAAUAAAAACCAGCUCUCUGCAGUUUAUGAGAGGCUUACUUCCAUCAUUGCUAUGGAAAGUGAGAAUUCAAGUUUGACCAGGCCGCCUGAAUAAUCUUGGCACGAUAUAAUGAGCAAUUUCUAUUUUCAACAGAUUAGUUGAUAUUGGAACUCACUUCCUCAACAGCAAACAAUCAAGAGUAUCAUAUAUUUUGAGGGUGUGUUUGGGAGUUAGGGGGAAAAGGAAAGGGAAGGGAUGAGGGGAAAGAAUGGUGAAAAUGAAAGAAAAAUCAAGGUUUUACAUGUAUAUAUAAGAACUUUUAAUAAACUCAUUUAAAAAUUGGCCACUGACAUACUUGACUUGAAUUUUAAGCUUGUAUCCAGUAAUACAACAAACAGUAAUAAUAACUUUUAACUGUUACUAAUGCUCGCAAUCACACACUGAUCAGUACAAAGACACCCAGAAGUGAUAGGGUUUCAUACAUAGAUUUGGUGAUGCAAUUCUUUCACUAGC